GCUGGAUCUGCAGUGGCAGCAGUGAGAUAGCAGGAGGUCAAAGCCAAACCACGAGGUGGAUCAUCUUCGACCAGUCUCCUUCCUCAGGCUGGAGGCUUUUUUCCUCCCACAGUUAAAAAUGCACGCAUGUGUGGUCAACUGGUCACUCUGACUGCCCUGUAUAUAUGGGGAAAUCUCAGCCAUGGUGGUCUUUAAAGAACAUUCUUCAGAGUUUCUGGACGUGGAGCAGUCAUUCCACUUGACUUUAGCUGCUUUGAAAGAUUCCCAGCAUCAGAGCUCCGGCAGAACAAAGCCCACUCUGAUGUGAUCUGACAUAUUCCACCGCUCUGCUGUCAGAAAGACGCCAUUCAUGGACGGAUCGGAUCUGACAGGAAACACAGUCAGGUUAAAGUCUGGUGUCUGAGUCAUUAAAGAAGCUCCCCUCUCAGAUGAAACCCACGCUCCAGAACUGCUUUGAGGCUUGAUGGGCAGAGUCUGAAACGGCAGGCAAUCAAGAAAAUAUGAGCAUGAAUGCUCCAACAAGUCUGGCCGGAAGAGAACAGAGAAAAAAAACCCCCAGACUUCCUGCUUCGACAAAGUGCAGUACGUACUCCGUUACUUCGUUUUCUGUGAAGAACUGAGGUCGCUUUUGAGGUUUGGUGCUUCCUAUUACUGUGCUGUGUUCUGCUGCAGCCGGCAUAAGAACACCAGACUGUCCGACGCCCAGGACAGGUCUCCUCUGUGAAGCGACCACCUUAAUACAGAUAUCACCUUGUCUUUCCACAAUGAUUUCCUGUCCCGCCAACCAGACGGCGCCCCUCGCCAGUCCCUCCACGACCCACGCAGCCAACCUGACGUCCCUCAACGUUUUCACCAUUUGCCUCCAUGGCCUGGUGUCCACCAUCGGCAUCGUGGAGAACCUCCUCAUCGUCGGCGUCGUGGGAUUCCACGUGCGCCGCUCCGUCAUCAGCGUCUGGAUCCUGAACCUGGCCGCCUCCGACCUGCUGGCCACGGCGUCCCUUCCGUUCUUCACCCUCUACAUGGCCCGGGGCAGCACGUGGACGCUGGGGACCACCUUCUGCCGCCUUCACUCCUCCGUCUUCUUCCUCAACAUGUUCGUCAGCGGCUUCCUGCUGGCGGCCGUGUCGCUGGAUCGCUGCCUCGUGGUGCUGAGACCCGUCUGGGCCCAGAACUACCGCGACAUCCAGCUCGUGAGGAGGAUUUGCGCGGCGAUUUGGAUCUUGGCCGUGGUCUGCACGGUCCCGUUCUACCUGUUCCGUGACACCCUUUCCCUCCCCGACGGCAGGAUCCUCUGUUACUACAACUACGUUCGAUUCCCCCCGAGUGGGCACCGCGACCUGAACGCUCUGUGUGAUCAACGCAAGCAGGGUUUGGCGUUCAUGAAGCUCUUGCUCGCCUUGGUGAUCCCUCUGCUCGUCAUCGUCUUCAGCUACGGCGCCGUGAACGCCAGGCUGGCGCGCAGAGGCUGCAGGCGACCGUACCGCUUCGUCCGGCUGGUGGUGGCGGUGGUGGUGAGCUUCGUGCUCUGCUGGGCCCCGUACCACGUGUUCAUCGUCAUGGAGGCGCUGGCCCCGGACGGGCACGCCGUGCGGGGGUUCGUGCUCAAAGCCCUCCCCGUGUCGGCGACCGUCGGCUUCUUGAACAGCGUCCUCAACCCCGUCCUGUACGUCUUCAGCUGCCCCGACCUGUGCAGCAAGAUCAGACACUCGCUGGGCGCGGUGAUGGAGAGCGUGCUGGUGGAGGACCUGGCGGAGCUGGCGCGGCGCCGCAGCACGGCCCGCGGCUCCGUCAGCGCCAAUGAGAUCGUUCUGAAGAAAAAGAACUCUCUCGUAACUGCAACUCCGAAAACAGAGGUGGAAAGUCUGAGUGACAAGGUUGAGGAUUGAAGCUUUUCUUCCCAUCAGCAACA